GCCGACUCCGCGCGCCUACCGCUGGCUCACCCGAAGGCCUCCCUCCCUCCAUCCCUUCCGCGGGUGAUCAGCUGGUCUGUGCACCCCUUACGUGGAUUGGGGCACGUCACCGCCGAAUGGCAGCCUCCAGAAAGGCACCGCGAGUAAGGGCGAGUCACCGGGAUUUUCAGCUGAAAAAUUUAAGAAUAAUCGAACCUAACGAGGUGAUAUAUUCAGGAGACACAGGUGUGGAAACAGGUGGCAGGAUGCCUCCAAAGGUGACUUCAGAGCUGCUGCGGCAGCUGAGACAAGCCAUGAGGAACUUGGAGUAUGUGACAGAACCCAUCCAGGCCUACAUCAUCCCUUCGGGGGAUGCCCACCAGAGUGAGUACAUCGCUCCGUGCGACUGUCGGCGGGCCUUCAUCUCUGGAUUCGACGGCUCUGCGGGCACAGCCAUCAUCACAGAAGAGCACGCGGCCAUGUGGACUGACGGGCGCUACUUUCUGCAGGCUGCCAAGCAGAUGGACAACAACUGGACGCUCAUGAGGAUGGGUCUGAAGGACACGCCCACUCAGGAAGACUGGCUGGUGAGUGUACUUCCUGAAGGAUCCAGGGUUGGCGUGGAUCCACUGAUUAUUUCCACAGAUUACUGGAAGAAGAUGGCCAAGGUUCUGAGAAGUGCUGGUCACCACCUUCUUCCUGUCAAGGAGAACCUUGUGGACAAGAUCUGGACAGACCGUCCUGAGCGCCCGUGCAAGCCCCUCCUCACUCUGGGUCUGGAUUACACAGGCAUCUCCUGGAAGGACAAGGUUGCGGACCUCCGGAUGAAAAUGUCUGAGAGGAACGUCGUGUGGUUUGUGGUCACUGCCCUGGAUGAGAUUGCAUGGCUGUUCAAUCUCCGAGGAUCAGAUGUGGAGCACAAUCCGGUAUUUUUCUCCUACGCAAUCAUCGGACUAGAGACGAUCAUGCUCUUCAUUGAUGGUGACCGCAUAGAUGCCCCCAAUGUGAAGGAGCACCUGCUUCUGGACCUGAGCCUGGAAGCCGAAUACAGAAUCCAGGUGCUCCCCUAUAAGUCCAUCCUGAGCGAGCUCAAGGUCCUGUGCAGCAGCCUCUCCCCGAAGGAGAAGGUGUGGGUCAGCGACAAGGCCAGCUAUGCCGUGAGCGAGGCCAUCCCCAAGGGACAUCGCUGCUAUAUGCCUUACACACCCAUCUGCAUUGCCAAAGCUGUGAAGAAUUCUGCCGAAUCAGAGGGCAUGCGGCGAGCUCACGUAAAAGAUGCUGUCGCCCUCUGUGAACUCUUUAACUGGCUGGAGAAAGAGGUGCCCAAAGGUGGCGUGACAGAGAUCUCCGCUGCUGACAAAGCUGAGGAGUUUCGCAGGCAACAGGCUGACUUUGUGGACCUGAGCUUCCCGACGAUUUCCAGCACGGGGCCCAACGGGGCCAUCAUUCACUACGCGCCGGUCCCUGAGACGAAUAGGACCUUGUCGCUAGAUGAGGUGUACCUCAUCGACUCGGGUGCUCAGUACAAGGAUGGAACCACCGACGUGACCCGGACCAUGCAUUUUGGGACCCCUACAGCCUAUGAGAAGGAAUGCUUCACGUAUGUCCUCAAGGGCCACAUAGCUGUGAGUGCAGCCGUUUUCCCUGCUGGAACCAAAGGCCACCUUCUCGACUCCUUUGCCCGCUCAGCAUUAUGGGAUUCAGGCCUGGAUUACCUGCACGGAACAGGGCACGGGGUUGGGUCUUUCCUGAACGUUCACGAGGGUCCUUGCGGCAUCAGUUACAAAACGUUCUCCGACGAGCCCCUGGAGGCGGGCAUGAUCGUCACUGACGAGCCGGGGUACUACGAAGAUGGGGCCUUUGGAAUCCGCAUUGAGAAUGUUGUCCUGGUGGUUCCCGUGAAGACCAAGUACAACUUCAGUAACCGGGGAAGCCUGACCUUUGAACCUCUAACUUUGGUUCCCAUACAGACCAAAAUGAUAGAUGUGGAUUCUCUUACAGACAAAGAGCUGCUUUGGGGUGCGAUGGUGAGCACGCUGCGUCUGUUUGUCUUUCUCCCUCUUGUAGUGCGACUGGCUCAACAACUACCACCAGGUCUGCAGGGACGUGAUCGGGAAGGAGCUGCAGAAGCAGGGCCGCCAGGAGGCUCUCGAGUGGCUCAUCAGAGAGACGCAGCCCAUCUCCAGGCAGCACUAGCACGCCCAGGGUCUGUUCUGUAAAGUGCUCCGGGGCAAGGAGAAACCUGGCAGACCCCCGACAUCCCCCCCAUCCUCCUUUCCUACCUCCCCUUUUUACUUUGAGACUCUAAGAAGAACUGAACAUCUUCUUAUCCUCUUUGAUAUUUUCUUGAAAACACUUGAUCUUCUAUGAGUUUUUUUAAAAAUUGUUGAGAACGAGCCAAGAAGAAACCCGCCGCACCAGAGGCAGGGUCCCCACAAAGCCGAACACUCCCUCGCGGAGCCGCCUGCGCAGCCGCAGCGAGUGAGUGCCCUGGCUGGCGGUGGUGAGGCUGGGAGUCCCCGGUGGCGGUCAGGUUCCAGGUGCUAGUACAUGAUCGUGGUCGCCUUGCUGCUCAUGAGACGGUGUUUCUGGCCAGUGAAUAAAGUGUCCAAAGGUG